AUGCAGUGUGUUCUAUUUAUAAACAUUAUAAUGACGUCUUAUGUUGUUUCAUUGAAUAAUGGACUGGCCCUCACACCUCCUAUGGGCUGGUUAUCAUGGGAAAGAUUUCGUUGCAACACUGAUUGUGAAAAUGAUCCGGAAAACUGUAUCAGCGAAAAUCUAUUCAAGACUAUGGCUGACCUUCUUAUAACUGAAGGUUAUGCAUCUGUGGGAUAUGAAUACAUAAAUAUUGAUGAUUGUUGGUUGGAGAAAAAAAGAUCUUUAAAUGGAAAGCUAGUGCCUGAUCAACUACGAUUUCCCAGUGGCAUGAAAUAUCUUUCAAACUAUAUUCAUUCCAGGGGCCUUAAAUUUGGAAUUUAUGAAGACUUUGGGAACUAUACAUGCGCAGGAUAUCCAGGCAUAAUUGGCCAUCAAAUUUCUGACGCAAAUCAAUUUGCGGAAUGGGGCGUUGAUUAUGUUAAACUUGAUGGUUGUUACGCGUUUCCUGAAGAUAUGGAUAAAGGAUAUAGCGAAUUUCAGAAAAUAUUAAAUAGUACUGGAAGACCAAUGGUGUUUUCGUGUAGUUGGCCAGUUUAUCAAAUAUACGCUGGUAUUCAGCCCAAUUUUAGUACGAUAAUGGAACAUUGCAAUAUGUGGAGAAACUUCGAUGAUGUUCAGGAUUCGUGGGCGUCAGUAGAAAGUAUUAUUGAUUACUAUGGAAAUAAUCAAGACCAUAUUGCACAAUAUGCUGGUCCAGGCCAUUGGAAUGAUCCGGACAUGUUAAUUAUUGGUAAUUUUGGCCUUAGCUACGACCAAGCCAAAACCCAGUUUGCUAUUUGGUCUAUACUGGCAGCACCCUUGUUAAUGUCCGUUGACUUACGCACCAUUCGUCCCGACUUUAAGGCCAUAUUACAGAACAGACAAAUUAUAUCUGUAGACCAGGACCCAUUGGGAAUCCAAGGACGAAGAAUUUACAAACACAAAGGAAUUGAAAUUUGGUCAAAACCAGUUACACCCAUACAUGAUCGUCAUUACUCUUAUGCUAUUGCCUUUGUGAACAGACGAACGGAUGGCACACCAUCAGAUAUUGCAGUAACUCUUAAGGAACUAGGAUUAAUAGCCCUUAACGGAUAUAGUGUUCAUGAUUUGUAUGAAAACGUUGAUUAUGGAAUUCUUCAUGCUAAUACCAAAAUAAAAGUGAAGGUGAAUCCAUCUGGCGUGGUCAUGUUGAAGGCCGAAGUUCAACGUCGCUGA